GCUCUCCGCCCGGCUGCGCUGCCACGUCCCAGGCCGGAGGCGGCGGGGAUGGGCGGCCGGGCGCUGUGCUGGCUGCUCUGCCUGCUGCAGGCGGGCCGGGCCGGGGGCGCCGAGCUCACCUUCGAGCUGCCCGACAGCGCCCGGCGGUGCUUCCACGAGCCGCUGCAGCGCGGCCUCAAGUUCACGCUGGAUUUCCAGGUGAUUACAGGGGGGCAUUACGAUGUGGACUGCUACGUGGAAGAUCCCAAUGGCAAGACCCUUUACAAAGAAGCUAAGAAGCAGUACGACAGCUUUUCCCAUCGAGCCGAAGUCGCAGGCGUCUACACGUUUUGCUUCAGCAACGAGUUCUCCACUUUUUCACACAAAACUGUCUACUUUGACUUUCAAGUUGGAGACGAGCCCCCGAUUCUCCCGGAGAUGAACCACAGGGUCACCGCCAUGACACAGAUGGAAUCUGCUUGUGUCACCAUUCACGAAGCUUUAAAUACAGUGAUCGACUCCCAGACUCAUUACCGGCUGCGGGAGGCUCAGGACCGGAUCCGGGCUGAAGAGCUGAACAACCACGUCUCCUACUGGUCUGUGGGGGAGACCGUCCUCCUCCUCGUGGUCAGCGUCAGCCAAGUGAUGCUGCUCAAGAGCUUCUUUACGGAGACGAGAGCGACCACGGGGGCCGUCAGCACCUAGGACGUCAGCCAGAGUCGGUCCUGCGCCGUGGCACCGUGUGCCAGCGGGUUGGUUGGGGUGGGGCUGGGGAGGAGAGCAGAGGUGGUACUGGGAGAAGCUGUGCAAGGGGCUCACAGUGCAGGGCUGCCGAGGGACUGAGUGGGGCUGGCCUGGCACAACUGCGCUGGGAGCAGAAAGGGAUUUAUGGGAAAGUCGCCAACCAGCAGUUUGGAUGGAGUGAAAGCUGUUAAUAGCCGGGGCCCGGGAAGCAAUGGGUGUGCAGGGGUUAGGGGCUCUCUGUGCAGCUGAGCUGUGACUUAGUGCCCGUUUCACUGCAGUUAGUUGCAUUGGUUUGACUCUUGGCUGUAACCCUGUUGCAUCUUCAUUGCGAGGUGUAACCACACCAUGCAGCCAGAGCAUCUACCCCAGAGCCCACGUAGGGCCACCCGCUGCCAGCGCAGAGCAGAGUCCCAGGCCAGCGUGGGGGCGCCGGACGUGCCCCGGUGCACAGACAAUCUGAACUGCAGUAGCUCACCAGAGCUGCAAUCCGUGCUCACCGAGGUGGGCGGCGUGGCCAGGACCGAGGUAGGAGUCAGAGUAACCCCACUCACCCCUACGAUGUGCCCAAACAUCUGCUUAUCGUCAGGCAGCCCCCUCAGCCCAUGGUCACCAGGGUGCCAGGAACUUGCCCAAAGCAGGCCACGUGAGCUGUGGCUCCUGCCAACCAGAGAGGCUAAAAACCCUAUUCAUCUUUUUAAUGGAAGCUGAAAUUCUCCCAUAAUCCCAGGACUCCAGGAGCUGGGCCUUACAGAGAAGCACCAAAUAUCACGAGAGGCUCAGUAAAAGUGGCAGAAAUUGGCAGCUCUUGGCUCCCUCCAGGUUUGUUUGUGCUAAAGGGAUCGUGUGGCCCCAGAGAGUCAGAGAGGUUAGGGCCAGAAGAGGCCAUUUGAUCACCAGCCUGACCUCCUGUAUAGCACUGGCCACCAGCACCGCACGCUAGCCCCCCACCCAAAAUGAGCCCAACAUAUUACAGCCCACGGGAGACUGGGCUGUUAUGUGCCACGGGCAGAGAACAGGCAGGACUGCAGUGCACCAAUGCCCAAGGCACCUGCAGUGGCAGGGAAACAACUGAAUAUGCCCAGAUAAUCCUGUCAAGCGACCCCCACCCACACGCAGCAGGGAGGUGGAAACCCCCCCCCCAGGGUCACUGCCAAGCUGACCCAGGGAAAACCCCGUCCUGACCCUGAGCAGCUGACCAAGCACCAGCCAGCCCAGCACCUGGGGGAAGAGUACUCGCAGCCACCCCUGAGCUAUGGGCCUUCCUGUCCCAUAGCCCAUCUCCUGGCAUGGCCGUCUCCGCUGCUCCAUGCAGUCAAUAGAUCAGGCCCCAUUCAGAGGAAGGAAAGUUAGAAACCAAACACACCCCCAGAAUACAUGGGGGUGCACAGGAGAAUCCUGCCCUGGCUGCUGCAGGGAUCAGCGGAAGCCCUGAGGCGGGACCUUUAGGAACAUGAUGUAAACCAGAAAGGCAAAUGAGGUGUGGAGGGGAAGUAGCCUUGGAACGAUUUCCCAAGGAGUGUGCUGGAGGCUCCAUCACAGGCUGCUCCUGAGGCAGGUCUCUGGCCCGUGCUGUCCUCAGGGGCAGCCUGGGGGAUCGCUGGUUUUUGCCCUGCGCUCUGUGAAUCUGGGGCUGCCGAGCCCCCUCGUGGAACAGUCCGGGGACCCUUCUCUAGCACAGCCCACGGGGAUGCCCUGCCCUGCUCUGCGCAGACAGCGAGGCCUCCUGGGCCAAUGUCCUGGUAUUUCUUCAGAACACAAAGCAGGAGUCACAUGGGCCAGGCCAGCCACUGUCCCGGAGAGGGCCCAUGACUUAACCACUAUGCCUGAAUCCACCCCACAUUGCCAGAAACAAAUCUAGCUGCUGCUCCCACAGGCUGUUGUGCAAGAACCGUUACAAUACUAGUAUUGGUCAAACAAUGCUUUACACUAAGCCACCCAAAUGGGUUGGGGGAUUAGGAAUUGCAAUUACCCUGCUCAGCAGGGCUGACACCGCUGGAUGCAACCUUUGCCACUUCUCAGUAAACUCAUGAGCCUGCAGUUUUCUUUCACCACUGAUUAGACACACUGUCCCCCAGGCACUGGGCAGUGCGACACAAAACAGCCAGUCGAAGCGCUUGUUCUGCUCUCAGGCACAGCUGCUGCCCCGCCAGCCCCUCCUUUGUGAACUGGUUGUAACACCCAUGUUCUAGGAAGCCUUAAAUAAAAUGCAUUUCCUACCGA